UCGUGCCUUCCCUUUACUGAGGGUCCAAAAGAGCACCAUCCAGUGGCCAUGGCAUCCUACAAAUCAACUUUGCGGUUUUGCCCUGAGUGCAACAAUUCCAAUUGGAUGAUGGGCAAGAAUGAAAAGAUGGACCGGAAUUGGUUUUCACUUGCAAAGUCUGCUCCAACGUGGAGGUUUCAUUGCUUUGCCAGGUAGUGCCAAUGGAGGACACAGACAAUGAUGGCAACCCAAAGCGGAUUGAUGAUCUAUGUGUUUUUCGCCACGAUGUGCUGUUUGUUGCGAAGGACGUCGAUCAUUGUCAUGCCUGAUGUCAUUCAUGAUCCGACGCUUCCCAGGGUUUAUGACUAUGACUGCCACGUGUGUGGACACAACCAAGCUGUUUAUUACCGCUUGUCAGAGACCAUCGUGAGUGAUGCGAUGGCGAUUAUUUACGUUUGCUGUGAGUGUUCGAACUGGCGUACUGAGGGCAAGGAAGUUCAAUACUCAGUGCCACAGGGCAAGGCCGAGCAGACUUCCGCCCUUCCGGAACUGGAUGACAAAGCUCGCGAGGAGGUAGAUCCGGAUGAGGUGGAAGGGGAGAAAGACAAACCUAGCGAGGGAGAGGAAGAGGAAGAUGAUAUAACCAAAGCCAAGGAGCCCCGCUGAGUUGC